AUGUGUUUGGCACAUAUAAAUAGUUAUUUACCCUGGAUGUAUGCCGCCAAUGGGGUCGAUGAAGCGAAUGGUGCUAAUGAUGCCAAUGGUGUCGAUGAAGCGAAUGGUGCUAAUGAUGCCAAAAGUUAUUUCCCUUGGAUGAAUGCCAAUGGGGUCGAUGAAGCGAAUGCGAAUGGUGUCAAUGAAGCCAAUAAAGCAAUGGAACAAAUGGCCAAUGGAACCAAUGGAGCCAAUGGAGUUGAUACAAAAACCUGA